UGCGGUGUUCAUUUGCAUGAGACAUUCCUGGUAUCUUUCCUUUAACUUGGCUUAGCAUCACCUACACUCUCACAUCACUGUGCCACCUUUUCUAAAAAAAAGAAAUCUGCAUUCAAGUUACUUUUUUCCCACUGAAGUUUUUCAAGUGUGUAAGCGUCUGCUGACCGGGAUGGGAGAAGGAAGCAUCAGGAAGAGGCAGCCGCAGAACGGCUCCACCGGUCCCACCAAGCAGGAAAAGCCUGAGAAGGCCACAGUGCUUCAGAAAGAUGUUGGCCUGCUGAGUGGGAUUUGUCUAAUCGUUGGGACCAUGAUUGGCUCAGGCAUUUUCAUUUCUCCCAAGUCUGUUCUGCUCUAUUCUGGAUCUGUGGGACCUUGCCUCCUCAUCUGGACAGCCUGUGGAGUGUUAUCCACUUUGGGAGCUCUGUGUUACGCUGAACUCGGCACCAUGAUCACCAAGUCUGGAGGAGAGUAUCCCUAUCUGAUGGAGGCUUUUGGCUCCAUAGUGGGCUACCUCUACUCCUGGACCACCGUCAUUGUUCUGAAGCCGUCGUCCUUUGCCAUCAUCGCUUUGAGCUUUGCAGAAUAUACAGCUACUCCUUUUUACCCCGGCUGUACCCCUCCCACUGUGGUCAUCAAGUGUCUGGCUAUAGCGUCUCUACUGAUAAUCGUCGCUAUCAACUGUAUAAGCGUCAAACUAGCAAGCUACGUGCAGAACUUCUUCACAGCAGCCAAGCUUGUCAUUAUUGUCAUCAUUAUAGUGGCUGGUAUUGUUCUGUUAGCUCAAGGAAACACACAGAACUUAUCGAAUGCCUUUGAAGGCUCAACGACGUCUUUUGGAGCAAUCGGACUUGCCUUUUAUAAUGGUCUUUGGGCUUAUGAUGGAUGGAAUCAAUUAAAUUUUAUCACAGAGGAGCUGAGAAACCCAUACAGAAAUUUGCCCCUGGCCAUCAUCAUUGGGAUUCCUAUGGUAACUGUGUGCUAUGUUUUGGUCAACGUUGCUUACUUCACGGUUAUGACCCCCUCCGAACUACUGGUCUCUCCAGCUGUGGCUGUGACUUUUGGAGAUAGAGUGCUUUACCCUUUGUCUUGGAUCGUUCCCCUCUUUGUUGCCUUUUCCACCUUCGGAGCUGCUAACGGGAGCUGCUUCACCGCUGGCAGACUGGCUUUCGUGUCCGGAAGAGAGGGUCACAUGGUGAAAAUUCUGUCUUACGUUAGCCUGAGGAGAUACACUCCAUCACCCGCUCUCAUUUUUAAUGGUAUUUUGUCUUUUUUCUACAUCCUUCCAGCCGACAUCAACACCCUCAUAAACUACUUCAGCUUUGCUCAGUGGGCGUUCUACGGUCUGACGGCGCUGUCUCUCAUAGUGAUGCGCUUCACCAGGAAGGAGCUACAUAGACCUGUUAGGGUGCCGAUCUUCAUAGCUGCCCUGAUGGUUGUGGUUUCUUGCUAUCUCGUCUUAGCUCCAAUUAUUGAUCAGCCAGAGCUUGAGUACCUUUACUGCACUAUCUUCAUCUUUGGUGGACUCAUCCUUUAUUAUCCAUUUGUCCACCUAAAACCCCGCUGGGCUCGCAGAAUCAUGAGGCCCAUCACCAUGCACCUCCAGCUGUUCAUGGAGGUAGUUCCCCCAGAAGAUUUUGAAGCUGAAGACCCACCUGAGUCUGUGAAGUUCUAAAAAAAAUAAAUAAAUAAUCCUUGCUAUGUGGAGCUCUCGGUCCACACAUACGUGAGGUGAUGACCAGUUUCAAACAGAGCAUGCCUCAUCGGAAAACAACUACGGACACAAAGUUCUUGAAGCUGUGCACCAGAUUCAGUCAUGUGACGUUUGUGAACAAAGCUCCUCUGAAGUAUCACUAAAGAAUACAGUGACUCUCUGCACACAUCUUCUCAUUGAGAAAAUGUCCACCUUCAACUCAAUCACAUCCAACAGAUUCCACUGCCACCAGCUUUUAUAGAAAAUAAAUACCAAAGAAACAUUAGAGUGCUGUAUAUCUUAGAGCUUCAGUUUAGAGACGUGUGGAUGCUGUUGAAAAGUCUAGAAGGGUGAAGCUUCAACCGAUCAUGAAACAGAAAUUGAAAGUAUUUUGCUCCUGAGGAUAAAAGUGGAAAAUAUUGAGGAAUUUAUGUGUAAAAUAGAACAACUGCAUUCAUGCUCACGUGCAGCAAAACAUGUAUAAAUAAUUAUUUCUUUGUUAACUUGGGGUUUUAUUAAAGGUAUUUAUGUUGAUGAUCAUACAGGUUGGUCGUUUUGUCUAAGCCAGAUGUUGGAAAAUAUAAACUUAUAUUCCAAAUAUCUAAAUGUACUCAUU